GUGGGCGUGGCCCCGCUGCCGCUGCCGUCGCCCGUGGAGACCCCGGGAGCGGCGCUCGGAUCAUUACACCGAUAAAAUCAAGGCAAGCUGGACAGGGAGCAAGUCUGCCUAUGUAGAACCUCCCUGCUCCUCAACAUCCACAAAAAUGUCAGGAAAAACAGCCACCACCACCAACAACAUCGCCCAGGCCCGCAGGACCGUGCAGCAGCUCAGGAUAGAGGCGUCCAUCGAGAGGAUAAAGGUGUCCAAGGCCUCGGCAGACCUGAUGCUGUACUGUGAGGAGCACGCCAAGAAGGACCCUCUGCUGAUGGGCAUCCCAGCCUCGGAGAACCCCUUCAAGGACAAGAAAACCUGCAUUUUGUUAUAGGGCAGGCAGCUCCUCCUGCCAGCCCUGCAGCCCCCCAGGUACCUGCACCCCUGGGUGCUCCCUGAGCCUCUCCAGAGCAUCCCUGAGCUCCCCAAGGCGUUCCUGCUGCUCCCUGUCCCUCCCAGGAGCUUUUUCUCUCCAUCCCUGCCCGAGGGAAUGGGCUCCAGCCUCUCUGCAGGGGGGUCCUGGUGGCGUUUGCCAACUCCAGCACGACCAAAGUUGCCUGAGCUUUGCAGAAGCAGCAAAGCUCUAGAGACCUGAUGGAAUCACUGGGUUUACAUUUUAUAAAAUUAUGGAUUUUUUUUUUUUUUUGAUGUUGUGCCUGUGCUGGCAGCACCUGUUUGUGCACAGGCACGCUUAAAGUGCAUUUUCUAGCAAAAUCUACCUUGCAAAACGAUUGUAGCAGCUGCUGGGGAGCUCCAGGGAGCUCUGCCUCAGCCUUCCUCCUGCUGGCCUCUCAUCCCAGGGCUUUUACAGGAUAAAGUUGGGAAUCAGAGAUGCUUUCCCUGCUUUCCAUGGGUUGGAAAAGCAGAAUUUCCAGCUUGGAUUCUGCUGCGUUUUCUCCUCAAAUAAAAAAACCUUUAUUAGCAGAAAAAACACCCUCCAAGAAAUUAAAAAAGAGAGGCUGGAAGUGCCCUGGCAGAGCUGGAGGAACGCUGCCCUCGCUCCCAGUCCCAGCUGGGUCCUGAGCAGGGAGUCAGAACUUGACUCAUUUUUAUAAAAAAAAAAAUCCAUUUUUAAACAGGAAAAAUGCCAAAUUAGCUCCAGCUUGUGGUUAUGCAUUUAUAAUUGAGGGCCUUUCCAUCUAGUAUAUAUUUUAUAUAUACAUAUAAUAAAAAUGUCUUUCUCUGUG